CGUAGCUAUUAUAUACAUUUUUAUUUAAAGCGAGACGAUAUAUAGUUAGACAUUGACGAGAAAAAGAGGAAAAAAGAGCUCAAAAAGUUUUUAUGCUCUUUGAGAAAAAUAAAUGAGUUCUAAAGCCAGUGACGUACGUUCUAUAGUUAGUUUCCUAACAUUUUCCAACCGUGAAUCCAGACUCGUAUCCGGCGAUUUCUACAAAUUCCUUUUCCCCGUCUUGAUACUAUUCCUACAGGUUCUAAAUAGGAAAGAACCUUUUUGAUUAAAAAAGUAAAGACUGGCUUUGUGCAGGAAUCAAGCCUUUUGUAAGAGAAAGCGGAAAAGGGAAGAAUUUAAAAGCGUAGAAAACAAUACACGGGCCGACAUCUUUUCAAAUAACGAAGAACUGCGUUCUUGAAUCAGUCGGUAAAUAGCGCGUCGAUUGUAUAUGCAUGAUUGUAAGAAGAUUUCGAGCUAAUCAAGGAAAAUUACGGGGAGAAGAUCAAAAUUAUAUUUAAUUACAUCAAGGAACUGGCAAAAUAAUUUGAAAAUAACAUAAUAUCAAGAAUUCCAGGCAUAUAACCUCAAAAAGAGGUGAAAAACUAGUCGGUUGAAGCAAUUCCAAAAAUCCAGGAUUUGAAAUGACGGAAACUCCUGGCACAAGUUCGACCACUACUAUUUGCGAAUUGUGCAGCAAGCGCAAACGUUUGUAUACUUGUCCACGAUGUGGUAUAGGCUAUUGCGGAGCUGAAUGUUAUAAGUCUGAUGCUCAUACGGAUUGCUCCGAGAGCUUUUAUAGGCAGUGCGUUGAGGAUGAGUUAAAAUCUCAGGAGAACGAUCCAGCUGCUAGACAAAAAAUGAUGGAAAUCCUUAAGAGAGUACACGAGGCAGACAUGGAAAAUGAUAUCUUGGAAAAUAAUUCAGAUGAAGGGAAUACCAGUGGAGAGGAUUAUCCAUUGGAUUCAGAUGACGAGCAAGAACUUCUUGAUUUGGAAACCAGAUUGAAAAAUGUCAAUUUGGAAGAUCCAAAUGAGCUCUGGUCAGUCUUAUCUGAAGCAGAGAGGCAAGAAUUUGAAGCACUGAUAAAAAACGGAGAGGUAGAAAAGCUGUUGCCUAAAUGGGUGCCAUGGUGGACUUGUCGUGUAGAAAAAAAAUUAAUUCAGCUAAUUGAAGAAGACAUUAAGGAUGUUUAUAGCAAUUUAAAAUAUCCUGAGUUGAUAGAUGUACCAUUAUUUAAUGAAUUACAGAAAGCAUCUCCUUGUGUACUCUUUAAUGUGACGAACGUGAUAUAUGCUUAUGCAUAUGUUGCUCUUUAUUAUAUUGGAGAUUAUUUAAACUGUGCGGAGGAAGCUACCCAUGUUUUUCUGAUUAUCUGUGAAAAUAUUAGACAUAAUGAAGUUUUCAAAGAUGUAGACUCGGCAAUUGAAUCUGUUGUAGACAAUGUAAAAAACGUCGAUUGGUUGCCACAAGAUGAACAAACUAUAACAGCACUAAGAGAAGCUGGUGCUUCCAUUUCGCAAGGACCAGGCGUUGAAAUGAAAACCGUUUAUACAUCUGCGGCACUCUCCGAGCUUCAUCGGUUAUUGACAGCAGCGAAGAAAGAAAUUUCAACUUGCAAGAGUAACAAUCGGGAAUUCACAAAGAGAUUUUCACAGAAACUUAGUAAUAACACAAGCCUAUCGAAAAAGAAUAUACUUCUGUAUUUAAAAAAGCUAGAGUAUUAUUUAUCAUGGGUGAAAAGUGCUGGGACAGAAAUCUUAUAAAUAUAACGUGAAGUUUAUUUAUUAAAACUA